AUGAGGUUAAAUGGGGAAAUCAUCGAUGAUAGAAGGGUGGUUGAGAAAAUACUUCGUAGUCUCACUAGAAAGUUUGAGUAUGUGGUUGUGGCCAUAGAAGAAUCCAAAGAUCUAUCAAAUUUCUCUUUGGAAACUUUUUUAGGCACCCUUCAAUCACAUGAACUCCGUAUGAGACAAUUUGAUGAACCUGUAAUGGAACAUGUUUUCCAAACUCAGUCAUCUCGGGAGCCAAGUACAAGUGACAAACAGAAAGGCAUUGAUGUGAGCAAAGAGGAACAAGGAUCAGGAAACUUCAAAGGUAAAGGUGGAGUCAUCACAAGCAGGGAUGUCAUAUUUGAUGAGGAUAAGUCUUGGAGUGGUCUGGCCUGUGAUGAUAGUGGAAGUUAUAUCUUGAAUGAAAACCUCCAUGAUCAAAACAAUUCUGAUGCCUGUCUUGAUCAGAAUGAUCCCACCACUCCAUUGAGAAUGCCUUCUCCAAGUUCCCUUGAUCAGACACCAUCUAGCACUGAAGAUGCCAGUUCUGGAAGUUCAACUUCAUCAGAUGGUCCUAACAGAAAAACAAGGAGUUUAAGGGAUCUAUAUGGUAAUACACAACCUCUCAACUUAAGUGAUCUAGCUGAUUUUGCUUUAUUUGCUGAUGCAAAUCCAUUGCAUUAUGAGGAAGCUUGUCUGGAUAAUAAAUGGAGAGAUGCUAUGGACUAUGAAAUGAAAUCAAUUGUGAAGAACAACACUUGGGAGUUGGUGGAUCUGCCCAAAAGACAGAAAUCCAUAGGAGUAAGAUGGAUUUAUAUGACAAAAUUCAAUGAAAAGGGAGAAGUUGACAAGCAUAAGGCCAGACUAGUGAAAGGUUACAAGCAACAAUUUGGAAUCAACUAUCAAGAGGUUUCAGUCAUAGUGAUUAUGGGGGAAGUGUCGUGGACAGCAGGAGCACAACUGGGUUGUCAAGCAUUAUGGCUUAGAGGGAUCUUGGAAGAAUUGGGGAUUCCUCAAGCCAGUUUAUUUUCCAGAUAUGUUUUGUCAUUGCAUAAGGCUCUUGAGAACUCUAUGACCGAGUUCGGUAACUACACUGCGAUAUCAGACUUUCGACUACUGAAUAGAAGAAGUCUCAUCACUUGUCAAAACCGUGGCCCUUAUGUCCGUGUGAAUGUGAGUUUGAUGUCCGACCUUUCCGAUGAGCAAUAUGUCACGGUUACCAUCAGCGGUGUUUUGACCCCUUCUAAAGGAGAAUGGGUUGCCAUGAUCUCCCCAUCAUACUCCAGUACGUCCGCUUGUGCGAAGAACGCCAUUCUUUAUCUGCAGACGGGUGAUUUAAGUUUACUGCCACUGCUAUGUCAAUAUCCUGUCAAGGCACAAUAUGUAAGCAACGAUUUGGAUUAUUUAAGUUGCAAGAAGCAAGAAUGCCAGGAGUACGAGAAAGGAAGAUGUGCAGUAACAACAUGUGGUGCCACAUUGACAUUUCAUGUGAUCAAUAUCAGAACUGAUGUUGAAUUUGUGUUGUUUGGUGAUGGAUUUUUGACCCCUUGCAUCAUUACGAGAUCUAGCCCCAUCAACUUCAAAAAUCCCAACCAACCCUUGUAUGGACAUCUCUCAAGCAUUGAUUCCACUGGGACAACCAUGAGAUUGACGUGGGUUAGUGGGGAUAAUAACCCUCAACAAGUCCAAUAUGGAGAUGGGAAGUCUCAAGCUUCACAAGUUGCGACAUUUACUCAAAAUGACAUGUGCAGUUCAAUUAUACCAAGUCCAGCUAAAGAUUUUGGUUGGCAUGAUCCAGGGUACAUUCAUUCAGCAGUUAUGACAGGGCUCAAUCCUUCAACUCAGUUCUCAUAUAGAUAUGGAAGUGAUUCAGUUGGAUGGAGCAACAGAACUAGCUUCCGGACUCCACCAGCUGGUGGCGUAAAAGGACUCAAAUUCCUUGCUUUUGGUGACAUGGGAAAGGCUCCUCUGGAUGCUUCCAGUGAGCACUUUAUACAGCCUGGAUCUCUCUCAGUGAUUGAAGCGAUUGCUAGUGAAGUAUCGACUGGAAGCAUAGAUUCAAUAUUCCAUAUUGGUGACAUAAGCUAUGCUACUGGAUUUCUAGUUGAAUGGGAUUACUUCCUACAUCUCAUAAGCCCCAUUGCAUCUGAAGUAUCUUACAUGACAGCAAUUGGAAACCAUGAAAGAGAUUACGUCGACACACGCUCAGUAUAUCCUACUCCAGAUUCCGGAGGAGAAUGUGGAGUUCCUUAUGAAACUUAUUUUCCAAUCCCAACGCCAGCAAAGGAUAAGCCAUGGUAUUCAAUUGAACUAGGAAGUGUUCAUUUUACGGUUAUGUCAACGGAGCAUGAUUGGUCCCAAGACUCAGAGCAGUAUCAAUGGAUGAGCAAGGACAUGGCUUCUGUUGACAGAUCAAGUACUCCAUGGUUAAUUUUUACAGGGCACAGACCAAUGUAUUCAAGCUCUGGAGUAUUAGUUGUCGAUAAUAAAUUCGUUGAAGCAGUAGAGCCAUUGCUAUUGGCAUACAAGGUUGAUUUGGCUCUGUUUGGCCAUGUUCAUAACUAUGAGAGAACAUGUGCAGUAUAUCAAAAGCAAUGCAAACAAGUUCCUAUUAGAGAUGGAAAUGGAGUUGACACUUACAAUAACACCAACUAUGCAGCACCUGUUCAUGUGACUAUUGGAAUGGCUGGAUUUACGUUGAAAAGCUUCCUCCCCGGUGCUGCAAGUUGGAGCUUGGUAAGGAUUAAAGAGUUCGGAUACGUCAAGGUGCAAACCACAACAACACAAUUAAGUUUUGAGUUUGUUAAUGCAAACACCCGGAUGCUUGAAGAUAGAUUCAUAAUCAUCAAAAAGUUGAACCAUGUGAAUGAUGCAAAAGACUGA